AUGGGAGACAUAGUUACAUCUAUAAGCAAGUUGGAAUCCCAUGGUAAACUCCCUUCUCAAAUCGAAAAGAACCCAAAUGUUAAUGUGGUGACCUUAAGAAGUGGCAAACAAGCCGGAGAAAGUAAUUCAAAGAAGAAGCCAAUGGAAGAAGAGGAAGAAAUAGAGAUCAUUCCCAUUGAAGAACCUAUAGUCAAGAACGAUGCACAAGUUGGAGCCCCAAAGAAUACUACCCCUCUAGUAACACCAAUAGCCACUCAACCACCGUUCCCCUCCCGACCUGCAACUUCAAAGAAGAAUAUGGAGGAGAAAGAGAUUUUGGACACCUUCCGAAAGGUGGAAGUAAACAUCCCUCUACUUCAUGCAAUCAAGCAAAUCCCGAGAUAUGCAAAGUUCUUGAAAGAACUUUGUACCAAGAAGACGAAGUUGAAGGGAAAUGAGAAAAUUUUGAUGAAUGAAAACGCGUCCGCGGUUCUACAAAGGAAACUUCCACCCAAAUCCAAAGAUCCUGGAAUGUUCACGGUUCCUUGCAAGAUUGGAGAUGUCACUUUUAGUAGUUCUAUGCUUGAUCUUGGUGCCUCUAUCAAUGUCAUGCCCUAUUUGGUGUAUGAAUCAUUGAAUGUCGGACCCUUAAGUGAAACCGGUGUCAUAAUCUCUCUUGCGGAUAAAUCAAGUGUAUUUCCUAGAGGUGUUUUGGAAGUUGUCCUAGUGCAAGUGAACCAAUUGGUCUUCCUGACGGAUUUCUAUGUGAUUGAUCUAGAUGAGCAAGUGUCCUACAAAUCGGCUCUAAUCUUGCUUAGGAGACUGAUUUUGAAGACGGCUAGGACAAAGAUCGAUGUGUAUGUGGGAAGUUUGACAAUGGAGUUUGAUGGCGAAACAAUAAGUUUUAAUAUUUAUGAUGCCAUGAGAUAUCCUCGUGAUGUUUCAUCUGUGUACUUUGUUGAUGUUGUUGAGCCAAUUACUCAAAAAUUGUUUGCAUUAUCUAACGGUGAUAUGUUGGAGAUGAUCUUAAGAUAA